AUGCAGGAACAGCAGCUAAUGGUGGCCCUUCGCAUUCGUCCCAUCAGCAAAGCCGAGGAGGAAGAGGGAGCUGCUGUCGCAGCCCGCCGGGCAGGUGAGCAGAUGGUUGUGCUGAUGGACCCAAGUGAAGAUCCAGAUGACAUCUUGCGAGCUAACAGAUCCCGAGAAAAAGCAUUUGUAUUCAAUAUGGUUUUUGACCACACAGCAUCCCAGGAAGAAGUAUAUGUGUCCACAACCAAAAGCCUGAUAAAAGGAGUUAUUUCUGGCUACAAUGCAACCAUUUUUGCCUAUGGUCCAACAGGUAAGGUAGUCCCUGUAGUUGUACUGCUCCAGAUGGAUAAAAUAGAUCUGUAUGAACUAAUCUAUAAUGAAGUGAUCCGUGACCUCCUGAACCCAUCAUCUGGGUUCUUAGACCUGAGAGAGGACUCCAGAGGGAGCAUCCAGAUUGCAGGAAUUACAGAAGUCUCCACUACCAAUGCUCAGGAGAUCAUGCAACCGCUAAUGAAAGGAAAUAAGCAACGCACUCAGGAACCUACUGCUGUCAACAAGACGUCCUCCCGUUCGCAUGCGGUGCUGCAGGUGACAGUGACGCAGAAAAGCCGAAGGAAGGAGGUCAGCGAGGAAGUGCGAACAGGAAGGCUCUUCAUGGUCGAUUUGGCAGGGGCAGAGAGAGCGGCCCAGACCCAGAAUCCGGGCAAGGGAAUGAAGGAAGGAGCCCACAUCAACCGCUUGCUGCUGGCUCUGGGCAACUGCAUCAACGCUUUGAGUGAGAAGGGGGGGAGUCGGGCCCAGUUUGUCAAUUUUCGAGAUAGCAAACUCACACGCUUGUUGAAGGACUCAUGAGGGGGGAACAUCAGGACUGUUAUGAUUGCACAUAUCAGCCCAGCCAGUACCUGCUUUGAAGAAUAUCGAACAACCUUGAUCUAUGCUUACAGAGCAAAAAACAUCAAGACACAGGUAAAAUGUAACCUGCAGAACAUCUCCCACCACAUUGACCAGUACACCAGCAUCAUCGCAGACCUCCGCAGGGAGACGGAGCGUCUGAAGGCAAGGAUUGAAAACCAGAAGGAGACAAGUGCAGUCAGCUCUCACCCCAGGGAAGUGCAAGCAGAGAUGUACCAGGACUCUGAGGCACACAGUCGGCAAGAAACGAACAAGCUGCGGGCGCAGCUGACUAGGGCUUUCAGGGAGCAAAGGGAGUUGUGCCGCAGCUUGAUGGAGCUGGAAAACACCAACACUGCGCUGCAGGUUGAUACCUGCAGGCACCUGCUAACAAUCGCAGACUGGGAAAGAAAGAAGACGCAGCAUGUGUGCAAAUCUGACGAGCUGGCGAAGGAGAAGAAAGAUGAAAACAUGCAGGAGGAAGACAGAGAAGUGGAGGGCACAGAUUCACCCAAGCCUCAUGAAGUCAUGGUGGCAAGAGAAGAGAUAAACCUGCUGCUGGCAGAACAGCGCAGAACGGCUGCCCUGAAGUUAGGGCUGGAGCAGCACUUAGCAAAUGCCAAGAAAAAAGCUUCCCAGAUGGAGAAGAUUUUACCCAGACAAAUCACCAGUGAGGAUCUGUGGGAGGUUCUGAGACUCCUCUGUAGAGCCCAUGAGCUUGAGGUCGGCAACACAGAGCUGCAGGCAAAUGCACUGUACAAGGAGAGUCUAUUGUGCCAGAAAGACUUUGUGAUCCAGCGACUGCAGCAGCACACGUUGCUCUGUGAAGAAAUUAUUCAGCAGCAGCAGACACUGAUAAAAGUCCAGGACAUCCCUGUCCCAGAGACACUGGCAAAGCUGCACUGCCUGCACUCCUCUGAGCUGGAGGAGGGGACGCUGAACCGCCUGCUUCCGCUACAUUCAGCGAUGUCCAGCACGCCGAGGCCCCAAGACAGCCCUUUUCUGAAUCUAACUCCUCAUGUGGAUCUAAAUAAAGAUGAGGCCAGAAAGGGUCUACCUGGGAACAUGAAGGAUCUUCCCUGGAGAGGGAAGUUGGAUAUUCCCUCCAUUAACCUGGAGUCAGACAGUGACAGUUACAGAUCACCUAAAACUACACCCUGUAGGAAAGAGCGCAGUCUGGAUGCUCAUCUCAGCCCAACUUUCUCCUGUUCGUCCAAAAACCAAGUUCAGCAGAUCUCAAAAGCUAAGCACUGGACUCCCUCAAGCCCCAGUAUGGAUAAUGCUCAUGAGAACCACCUUCCCCCAGCUAGACUCUUCCAGCUGUCAAAGGCUGCUGGUAGCUCACUCACCACCACGAAGGUCAAGCUACCUGUCAGCCACCAUUCAGAGGGGAAUCCAUUACAGGUGCUGCCAAUAGAUAAUACUUCUUCAAGCACUGCUCAGCAGAGCAAUGCUGAUCAUGCCAAAAGACAGGUCCCACAGAAGCAAGUCAAAGGGCCUGCAGAUGGUGCCAGCAGCCGGCAGAAGCAGCAGUCAGUCACAGCCUUGAGGAACCAGCUGAAAACGAAAUAAAUCACCAGGGGGAGCAGGAUUCUCUGUGGGCCCCAAAGGAUGGUAAUUUUGAGGUUGUUGGAAGUUGGGAAGUGGGUGCAAGGGAGUGGUUUUUAGCUUCUGUGCUGUGAUGCUGAAAACAGGGGGGGAAGGUUAGCAGAGGGGAGUGGCUUCUUAAACCUUGUAGAUGUCUCCUUCCAUACGCUGACCACAAGUAUUUUUCCUCCGUACUGUGCUCUAGCUGUUAGUUUCAGUUUAAGACACAUAGGGUGUUAACAGAGUCCAAGAGAGGAGGAAAACCUCAUUUUCCCAGCAGUGUUGUCCUCCCAGAAGGUGUCAGCAUAGAGUCCACAUCGCCUUCUUCCCAGGGCAAAUGCAUGGAUGACACCUAUGCAUCCAAAAGGCACACUGAUUACUAAAGCCAAAUGUAAAUGCCCUAGAACUACCUUCCCCUUUCUUUCCUGCUGUUUGUCUGUUGCUGUGAACCUGGGAGGUGUAAUGCAGAUCUGGGAUGCCAUUUUGGUGAGCAGAUGUUUGACUGCAAGCAGCCAGAGACUGCUCUAAGUUCUUUUGCAUGUAAAGAGCACUUCAGAUGGGGCUGCAGCAGGGAGAAGAGGCACGGUAAUGGGUGAAGGCCCCGUUCUGAACUAGCCAGGAGGUGAAUAGAGGGCAUGUGUUUUUCUUUCUCAGAAAAAGAGCAUCUCCAGUCUUGUUCUUUUAGGGACUUUUUUUUUUUUAAGGUAUUAUUUUUCCUGCUUUUUAAAUAUGCCUCAAAUAAAGUGGGUCGUGAUCAUACCAGUGAAUGCA